GAUUAGAUGACGUCGCGAUUUAAGUCGCGAUGUUGGUUGUGCGUGUUGCGGCUCGGCAGUGUGGUUUUCUCGUCAUAUCGUGUAGUGUCGUCGUGUCGACCGUCGUUCUUCCUUCGUGUUGCGGAUGGGUUGUGAUCCUGUUUGUAAUACCCAAUACGAGUGAUUUGAAGAAAAUAUUUUGUGAUUUUAUGAAUAAAUUUACAACCGAAAAUGUGGCUAGAAGAGUGCGAUAGUUUCGCAGAACUAUGCCGUGGCUAUCUGCCUUAUUACUUGUUGAUAGUUUUGCCUAUUUUUAUCAUCAUUUCACCAGCUAACCCCGUAGCCGCUUCUCAUGAGUUUCCUGUCUUUCGCAUGCAUCAGUAUGACUUGCACGGGGUUCCACACGGAUGUCGUAGUGCACCCAUUUCUCUGGAAGCCAGAUCCUUGACCGGCUGGAGUACGUCUAGGCACUGUAUCAUCACUCGAGCUUUGGAUCUUGCUCCCGAUACGUUUUACUCAAUUUGUAGCAAAGCUGGCGCCUUGGUAGUGGUUCUUCCUGAGAAAUUGGAUGCACUUACACAAGAAGAGAGACAGCAUAUUAUGGCACUAGAAGAAGCAAUGCUUCUGGGGCCAGAAAUACCAAUUCCAGUAUAUUUUGCACCAUGGACACCUGAUCUUCAAUUAAUUCUGGAUGAUGUAUCCAGUAGUUUUCUGACUGAUGAAAACGCUGGGUCAGCUGCAGAAGCCAUGUUGAACUCUGUUUCUGCAAGUGGUUAUCAAGUCGUUGUAGCUUCGAGUCAAGCUGUAGCUAGAACUGACAUUAAAGUGGCAACACUCCAAGGAAAAUUAUCAGGUGCUGGAGCUGAAGAGAAAUUGCCAACAAUCGCCAUAGUAGCGCAUUAUGACAGCUCAGGAGCUGCCCCAGAAUUAUCUUUUGGUGCCGAUAGUAAUGCUUCUGGUGUAGCGAUGCUACUUGAACUGGCUAGACUCUUCUCUGCAUUGUACUCAGUUGGACGGUCUCGACCACGUCAGAAUUUGGUUUUCAUCUUGACCGGUGCAGGGAAAUUAAAUUACCAAGGAAGCAAAAAGUGGCUUGAGGAUCAGCUCGAUGGACUAGAAGGCUCAAUUAUACAGGAUGCUUCAUACGUUAUUUGUCUGGACUCUGUGUCCACGAGUGAGAAUUUAUACGUACAUGUAUCAAAACCACCGAAGGAAACUUCUCCAGGUGGACUGUUCUUUAAGGAACUCAAAGCUGUCGGAGAUUCAAUUGGUGAUGUCCAUGUAGAAGGUGUACAUAAAAAAAUCAAUCUUGCCGAAGAGAUGCUGGCAUGGGAGCAUGAAAGAUACAGUAUUCGAAGGCUCCCAGCGGCAACUAUCUCCAGCUUAAAAUCUCAUAAGAGUCCCGCCAGGUCAUCAAUUUUGGAUAUACGGCAGAACGAACAAAUCGAUAUCCUCCAAAGGAACACCAAAGUUUUAGCAGAGGCAUUAGCCCGACACAUUUACAAUUUGAGUUCCAGUCAAAUAUUUGCUGAAUCUCUGAGUGUUUCUAAAGAUUCUCUUUUAUCAUGGCAAGAAUAUUUGAGCAACCAACCAAGAGCUGCACCUCUAUUAGCUGAUAAACAAAAUCCCUUAGUUACAACAUUGAAGGAAGCUAUGUCAAGAUAUCUUGGAGACGUCAAAGUCACAUUUCACACUCCAGAUAAGCGUGACCCAGAAUUUGUAUUUUAUGACGUAACGAAAGCCACACUUAACGUUUACAGCGUCAAGCCAGCGGUGUUCGAUCUAUUUCUGACGAUCGCAAUUGUGUCAUAUCUCGGUAUCGUGUACGUGGUGGUUCAUAACUUUUCGCACGUCUACAAUCUCGCCACAAGCCUCUCCGUUGCCAAAAGUAAAACAUCCUAAUAGGGUACAUCAUAUGUGCAUUAUUAUUCGACGCUUCAUUCGCAAUAAAAUCAAAUUCAUAUUUUGUUGUGAUGAUUUUGGUUGUUUUGUAAAGUAUUAAGUGUAUCAUUUGUAGGGCAACGGCGCAGAAGAUCAAUUUGUUAAAUUUUCAUGCUUGGCACAUGCAUCAAAAGUGUCUUUUACUAAAAAUUAUCUUAAUCCAUCGCAUUAGAAUUGUUACUAGUACCGCAUCAUAGCGAAAAAUUGAAAAACAAAUUCAACUAGAUUGUAAAGAAGUUGUAAUAUUAUUUAAGAUAUCAAAGCUACGUCUACUAAAAGAUCGAACGAAUCGAAUUUGUUUUGUACAGUUCUGUAUAUUGUGUAUUUAUGAGAUAGACUAAAAACAAGUAAUUUGAGCGAAUUGAAAAACAGCUGCGUUAAAUUGAACUAUAAGAAUAAUAUGUGUGUUGAAUACAGGCGAAAUAGCGAAGAAGGAAUAUAAAGUUCCCAACUCCUGAUGAAUAGUAUAUUGAUUUUAUUUUUCAUCAACAAAUACCUAUAUUAAUUUUCAUCGGUACAGAUGGAAGAUCAGCUAAAACUGGUUAAUGGCCAUUCUUAGUUUGUAAGAUAAAACAUUGUCUUGUAUUUUCAUUCCUCUAAAGUGUCUAUCAAAUAGGCAUGAACAGAAUGUUACAAUACGAAUUGUACACUGGAUCAUGUUGCAAUAAAAUUCAAAGAUGACCAACUA